AUGAACUUGCUGGCGUCGUUGCGGGGCACGAAAGCCUUCGGCCAGGUCUCGAGAGCGGAGGCUGCCCACUUGAAGAGUUUGAUCCAGUCCCCUGGGCACGCCGAUCGGGACCAGAUACAGGCGCUCGCAGAGACGAUCCGCGCAGCAGGCUUCCAUGCGAAAGACCAGUCCGAUCUCUUGGACGCGGUCGCUGAGCUCGCGGCCGCAGCGCCCGCAGUCCCCGAGAUGCCAAGCAAGGGAGGACAGGAUUUCGAAUCUGCCGUCUUUUUCGUGCCGAAGGCGGUGUGGGACCAGCUGGCCAGGACAGCGAAUACCGACGAAGUGUUCGCCUUGUAUGGCAUGCUCGGCCUGCGCCAGAAAUUUUCCGAGGGGACCAUGCACGCGUUGGGGCUCGUCAUCCUGUGUGUGACGGAGGGCUUGGAUGAAACCUUGAGGAUGGCGCCAGCCACGCGCACUAGUAGCAUCAAGCCUAUCAAGGCUGCGUACAAGCGCUUCGCCGCCGACCUGCCGAGCCCGCCAGUCUGGGUGGAGAAGUUGCCGAGCAGCCCUGAGGCCCUGAAGGCGCAGCACCCCGAACUCUUCAAGGCUGCGUACCCAGACGGCCUCGGGGAGAUGAAAUUCCCCUUGCCAGCGCGCGUCUUCCGGGAGCUGGCGACAGUCACCAAGAUGCGCUUACGCGGUUCCUCAAAGAAGAACCCCUCGGUGAUGUCCGCGACCCCAAUGACUGAGAUGGGGCAGGUCGUCAGCAUGUUGGGCGAGGCGCUCAAGAGCGUGAUCCAGCAGGGCCAGCCGAAAAGCGACAUCUGCUUGCGGAUGCUCGCGCAGACGCCGAGGAGCAGACCUCACGUGUCACCCGCCCCGCCCUUGGCGAUCACAGACAAGGCGUCAGAAGAUGCGGCCGAGGAGGUCGACCAGAACGAGGCGGGCCAGGAGCGGCCCGCGGAGCCGAAGAAACAGCUCACAAUGGAUGAGGCCACGAAAGCCCCCCUGGCCAAGUCGGGCGCGAAGCGCAAGGCAGGGAGGCCUCCCGCGGCCAAGGGCAAGGGGGAGGCCGAGGCCAAGCCCAUGAAGGCAGUGAAAGACACCGCCAAGGGCUACAAGGCCACGGCCACAGUGUCCUACUCUCACGAGAAGGGCCGCCAGCAGUUCCUGGGCCGCUGCAGCGAGACCAAGAGCGCCGCGUUCUGCUACAAGUGGAAGAGCAAGAACGCGGUCGAGAGCCAAGUCAAGGCCUGGUGCCGCGAGCAGUGCAAGAAGUUCAAGGUGCCCAUCUCGCCGAAGUUCCAGGCCUGGUAUGCCCCAGGGCCAGGUGGUCGGACGCGCCCCCCUGGGCUCGCGCCUGCCAUGGCGACGCCCGCGCUCAGCUUCGAGGAGCUCCUCGAGGAGCUCGACGCCGCCCAGAGGUCUGGUAGCAGCUCGAGCCAGCAGCCAGCCAGUACGCUUGACGAGAUCAUGGAGGCGCUGCGGCAGCCAGCUCCAGACAGGGAUGCAGCAGGCGGUUCCUCGGCUCGCAUGGAUGACCAGUCCGACGAGUCCGACGGCGACGUCCGCCAGCUGCUUGCCGCUCGCCAGGCGGCGCCUGAAGAGCCGAUCCCAUGGGCGGUCAGGCCCUCGACGGUCGGCAGAUCAUACAACUUGACGCCCGAAGAAUUGGAGAACCUGCGCACAGAAGAGCGCCUUGCGAGGGCGGGCAACGUGCCUUGGCAGGGGCGCGGGCCAGACCCUGGCUGGGGGAUCUCGGCGUGGAGGGGCCAACCCUUGCGUCUUGGCCUGAACGGUGGACAAGUGCGGCACGCGAAGCGGGGGGGCAAAAACAAGGAGGUCUACCGCGAGCUCGCGAGGCAGGGGCUGCUCAGGCCCACGCCAGGCGGCACACGCUCCGCUGGACACUUGCACCUCUCGAAGGGCAAGGGCGACGGCGAGGCCGCGUUCGGCAAAGGCAAGGGCGACGGCAAGACCAGCGAGGGCAAUAAGGGCGACCAGAGCUCAGGCUCCAAAGGCAAGGGCAAACACAAGGACAUGGCCGAGGACGAGGCGAAGGACUACUUCGCCGCCCUCGUGGAGAGCUGCGAGGUGCACGAGCGCCACUGGAGGCAGAAGAAGAAGAGGAGGACCGCCGACAGCGCCGGUUCCUCGAUGCAGGAAGUGCGCGCGGAUGUGCAGAGGACGAUGCAGACAGGGGUCCACGGGCCCGAUUCUCCUCCACGCGUCAGGCGCGGCGGGUCAAGCGGAAGCGGCGCGAUCAUGCCUGUGCCCCAGCACCAGUGCACCGUGCAGGAGGUCUUCAGCGACUUCGCGGACAACGCUGCGAGGUGCGGCCGCAACGCGAGGAACGCGGCGCGCCUGAGCGAGGCUGCUGCGGGCUCGUUCAACGAGCAGGCCGAGGUGUUCGAGAGCGCGGCGAACGACAUCAUGCUCUUCCUGACGCAGCAGCGCCGCGCCGCUAGCAGCCGCCGCGGGUGCGCCAAGCGCGGGCCCGCCGACAGCCCCGACGCCCCGUGCAAGCACGCCGCGCACGAGGCCGCCGACAGCCUCGACGCCGUCGAGCCCGCCAAGCACAAGCACGCCACGCACGAGGCUGGGGCCGAGCUCGACGCCCCGCGCGAGCAGGCCGAGGCCGCGGCCGAGGUCGAAUGGCCCGAGGGCGAGAGCGAGGGCGAGGCCGAGGCCGCGGUCGAGGCCGAUGCCGAGGCCGAGGUGGUGCCCAAGGCGCCUGCUCCCCCAGCCCCUCGCGAGGCGACGCCUGCGCGGCCGCCCACCGAGGAGUCGCUCCAGGGCGCUCCGCCGAAGCAGCUCGAGAGCCAGGGCUGGGACGGCAAGGCGCUCGCCGCCCCGACGCAGCAGCCGUCCUGCAAGUUCUGCCGCACGUUCCUGGACCCGUUUGCCAAGGGCGUGCGCCUCCUCAGGAAGAGCCCCCAGGUGUUCUGUUGCGGAACGUGCAACGGCAAAACCACUACCCUCGCGAAGGUGUUCGGCCACUGGCCGAUCGACGAGUUCAAGGGGCUCUCGGCCGAGGAGCAGAGUACCUUCUUCCAGACGCGCGGGACUGGCCAGGACAGCAUCAAGACGGCAGUCCACGAGCAAGUCAUGAAGAAGUGGGCGCACCAGAAGUCCAACAAGGUCGCUGGCGAUUGCAUGCCCGAGUGGUACUGGCGCAACCAGGGCAUGCCAGAGGAGACGAUCCAAAGGAUGAAGGCCCUGGCCCCAGGGGAAGAUCACCCCAUCUUCGGAGACACGUUCCAGGUCAUGAUCCAUGGGACUUCCGAGUCUGCGACGGAGGAGCUUGCGAGGCAGCAGGUGCUCUCGGCGGCAACUCGGAAGGGGAAGGGCGCCGCCGCGGCGGACAGCGCCGCCGCGGGCAGCGGCAGCGCUACUGGCGAGACCGCCGCCGCCGAGGAGCCUGCGGCCGCGCCUGCGCCAGCGCCAAAGGAGACGUCCUCUUCUUCGGCUUCCGACUCGGAGUCCAGCUCGAGCGAGGGCGAGAAAAAGAAGCACACUAAGAACAAGAAGAAUACGGAGGAGAAGAGGGCGAAGCGCCAGACGCAGGGCGACGCCGCCAAGGCGCUCGCGAAGGUCUCUCCCCUCGCGUCCUCGCUCGACACGGCCCUCAGCCACAGCGUGAUCAGCGAAGUUCCGAAGUUCGUGGCCAAGACCGCGAAGGAGGCGCUGGUCAUCCUCAAGAAGUACGCCCAGGAGGCCGAAGGGGCCAUCAAGACGCACGAUCCGCAACCGCUGUCGUUCAAGCUCGACGAGCUCAUCAGCAAAACGAAGGACGCGCAGGACUCCCACGACAAGCUCUUCAACGUCCUGAAGAGCGUGGAGCAGUCGCCCUACCACCUCGUGCGCUACGCAGAUGAAUUCGUGCCAGGCAAUGUCCAUAGGCAGGACAACCGAAGAAAGUUGUUCGGCAUGUCCGUGACUAUCAGAGAGUUCGGCCCCCACAUCACCAAGCAUGUUGAAGCCUGGUUGCCAGUCAUUUGCGCCCGAUCCACUGUGGCGAAACAGAUCAAGGGGGGCGCCUCGAAUGUAGUCAGAACAUUUGUGCGACGAAUGUUCAUAGAAGAUGAAAUUUCUACAAAGGGUGUUUUGGUACAGCUGGACGCGGCCGCCUCUGAAACAGCAGCUAUGUAUUUCAAGCUCGGCAACCUGGUCCUUGACGGCGACGCCGCCAGGGGCGUCAGCUCCACUGCGAGUGGCCUCGACGCGAUGUUCGCCGAGCACGCCGAAGCAUUCAAUGGCGCUUAUCCUGAAGGUGAAAGCUUCAAUGCAAGUGCCUUUGCUGAGUACGAGCUCGAAAACCCCUUGGCGUCGGACGCGUUCAUCGAGGAAGUCUCCUCGAUCGCCAUCAAAUUCAUCCUGAUUGGCGUCGGCGUCGCCGUCGUGGGGUCUGUCCAGGGCUUCGCCUUCAGCUGGUUCGCCGACAGGCAGGUGGCCAAGAUGAGGCCUCUGUACUUCGACGCCCUCCUGCACAGGGACGUGGGAUGGUUCGACACGCACGACGCCGCGUCGCUGCCCACGGUCAUGGGGUCGAACCUCGACGAGUACGCGGAAGGGCUUGGGACGAAGUUCGGGGUGUCGGUACAGUCGACCUCCUGCCUCGUCGGGGGCCUCAUCUUCGGAUUCGUGCUGUCCUGGCAGAUCGCCGCGAUGAUGUGCAUCUGCGUCCCCCUGCUCGGGCUCGGCGCCGCAAUAAUGGGCAAGUCCAUCAUGGACAUGAUGCUGGAGACCCAGGGCGCGUACAGCGAGGCAGCCAAGGUAGUCGAGGAGGUGAUGUUCGCCAUCCGGACGGUGGUGGCCUUCGGGGGAGAGUUCAGGGAGGUCGGGCGCUAUUCGGCCGCCGUGGAGGAGGCGCGCAGGGGCGGUGUGCGGAACCGGCUCAAGAUCGGCAUGGGUGGCGGCUAUAUUUGCGUGCACGGGGGCACGGUGUCGGAUUUCUGGUCGUUGGCGCUUGCCUUCUGGUUCGGCAUGAUGCUCGUUUACAACGAGUGGGAUACCGAGAUCUCAGUCGGAAAGAUGAUGUCGGCGUUCUUCUGCGUCUUGACGGCGGGCUUCGUGAUGGGCCAGAUACCACCUGGUUUCGCUGGUUACGUGAAAGCCAAGAGCGUGAUGGCAAUGUUCUUCCAUUCCCUGGAAAACGAUUCUGAGAUCCAGAGGAGGCUGAAGGACGAGCGCCCAGACGUCGGACCAAUCAGUAGCCUGGAGUUCUCCAAUGUGACCUUCUCCUACCCAGCCCAGCCCGAAGUCACGGUUCUCAAGGGACUUAGCUUGUCAAUCCAGCAGGGCCAGAAGGUUGCUGUGGUGGGCGAGUCGGGUAGUGGUAAGAGUACGGUGAUGGCGUUGCUCGAGCGGUUCUACGACCCCACCAGCGGCCAGGUGUUGGUCAACGGCCAGGACUUGAAGAAUUUCUCGGUGAAGUCGUACCGCCAGCAGAUUGGCUACGUGGGUCAGGAGCCCGUCGUCUUCGCCACGAGCGUUCGCGAGAACAUAAUGCAAGGGUGCAAUGCGGCCACCGACGCAGACUUCAAACGGGCAUGCAGCAUGGCACAGUUAGACUUCGUCGAUUCUUUGCCGAAGAAGUUCGACACCUACAUGGGCACGGGGGGCUCACAGUUCUCCGGUGGCCAGAAGCAGCGCGUGGCCAUCGCCCGCGCGCUGCUCAAGAAACCGUCGCUGCUCUUCCUGGACGAGGCCACCAGCGCGCUCGACAACAACUCGGAGAAGAUGAUCCAGGAGACGAUCGACAACCUGGGCUCCCAGAGCUCCCUCGGCAUGACGAUGGUGACCAUCGCCCACCGCCUGAGCACCGUGCAGAACUCGGACGUCAUCUUCGUGCUGAAGCGCGGCGUUGUCGAGGAAUACGGCCCCCCGGGCGAGCUGAUGACGAGGGAGGGCGGCGAGUACCGCGCCCUGGCCGCGGCGCAGCAGCACGCGGCCGAGGGCGAGCGCCUCUCGCAGGACGGCCAGGCCGACGGCAUCGCGGGGGGCUCGGGCUUCCAGCGCCAGAUCACUCCUGUGUCGGCGAGCGAGGCCAAGGUGGAGAAGAGGAUCACGUCUAAGUCCGACGAUGACGAGGCGGCGCGGGAGAAGGAGAUCGCCAAGCAGUACAAGGUGCCAAUGGGGCGCCUCCUUGGCUUUGCCAGGCCGGAGCGGUGCUACCUGGUCGUCGGUACGGUGAGCGCUCUUGUCGCUGGCGCGUGCUUUCCCGUUCUGGGCUCGGUGGUGCUUGUCGACGCCAUGGUCGGCUUCCUCUCUGGAGACAGGGAGACCAUGAAACAGGAGGUCGAGACCGCCUGCGUCUGGUUCGUGGUCGCUGGCCUGAUACGCGCAGUGGUCCAAACCUUCCAGUUUUACUCAUUCGGUGUCAUCGGCGAGGCAAUGACGAUGCGGGUCCGUGUCACGUUGCUGAAGAAGAUCUUCGAGAUGGAGGUCGGCUUUCAUGACGACCCAGAGAAUGCACCCGGCAAACUGUUGAAGGCCUUGCAGCUCUAUGCUCUGCGCAUCGCCACCCUGGCCGUAGGCAUCGGGGACAAGGCGGAUGCAUUGUGUGCAAUCGUCGUGGGCCUCUCCCUGGCCUUCAUUGCGUCGUGGGAGAUGGCCCUGGCCAUGGUGGUGUCCAUCCCGAUCUUCGGUGCCGCUCAGGGCAUCCAGAUCGCAGUCACGAUGGGCAGCUCGAGGAACGAGUCGGAGCACCUGAAGAACUCUGCGCAGCUCGUGAACGACGCCAUCACCAGCGCCCGGACCGUCCACGCCGCCGGCAACGAGCGGGACCUGGUCAGCCUGUACUCCCAGAUGGUGGCGCCGGUCUCUACGGGUCUGAUGCGCAAGCACCUCGGCGGUGGCGUCGCGUUUGGCAUCUCCAACGGCGUCAUGUUCUGGGUCUGCGCGGGCGGCUUCUGGUUUAUGGGUUAUCUGAUAUCCGAGGACAUCAUCGAUUUCGGGGACGGCAUGAGAGCUUUCAUGGGCAUUCUGUAUGCUGGUAUGGGUGCGGGCAUGGCCUCAGCGCUCACUGGCGACGUCAGCAAGGCCAAGGUUGCCGCACACGACUUGUUCCAGCUCCUCGACCGCGAGAGCCUCAUCAACGGUCUUGAUACAGUUGGGGUCGAGGACGUGAGGAAUGUAGGGAGAAUUGAGUUCCGGAGUGUCGAUUUCUCGUACCCGCUGCGUCUGGAGCUGAAGGUGCUGCACUCGCUGAGCUUCUCGAUCGAGGCGGGCACAUCCGUGGGCGUGGUGGGGCCUUCGGGCGGUGGCAAGAGCACAGUGCUGGCCAUGCUGCAGCGAUUCUACGAUCCGCAGGCGGGAAAGGUACUGGUCGGCGCGGACCUGGCGCCGCUGGAUACGCUGAACAUCAGGUGGUGGAGGAGGCAGGUGGGCUUCGUCGGCCAAGAGCCCAUCCUCUUCGACACCAGCGUGCUGGAGAAUGUCAAGUACGGGCUCGACGACGGCGAGAAAGUCUCCGAACAGCGCCUCGAGGAGUGCAAGCAGAUGUGCAACCUGACGUUCUUGGACAGCCACACAGCGAAGGGCUGGGACACGCAGGUCGGGCCGCGCGGCCAGAGGCUGUCGGGCGGCCAGAAGCAGCGCGUGGCGAUCUGUCGCGCCAUGGUCAAGGACCCACCCGUUCUUCUGCUCGACGAGGCCACCAGCGCUCUCGACAGCCAGAGCGAGAAGGUGGUGUCCGCCGCGCUGGAGAAGGCGCAGCGGGGCAGGACGCCGAGGAAGAAAGAAGCUGCGUGA